AUGGAAGAAUAUCUUGCGUAUCGACAAUACAAAUACCUGAGACUUGACGGUUCAUCAAAAAUACACGACCGCCGCGAUAUGGUCGAAGAUUGGCAAACUAGGUCCGAAAUCUUUGUUUUCUUGUUAAGCACACGCGCCGGCGGUCUAGGCAUUAACCUAACUGCUGCAGAUACCGUUAUUUUCUACGAUAGUGAUUGGAACCCUACCGUUGACCAACAGGCUAGUAUUCAAUACAACCUUUCGUAA